UGCUGCUGCCCCAGACGCUGGCCGCCGGACGAACUCGAAAUCGACCGCACGGAAUCGCAGCGCAUUGCAUUCUUCCGCAACCUCGGAUUCCUUUACCCCGCCGGCAGCUUCCUGCGCGCGCCUCCCGCCUGCGACGUAUCACACUCUUCUGACAGCGCCGGCAGCCCGCUGCAGCCGUUGCGAGGCUGAAUAGUGGAGUCGUGCCUCCGAGUAAUCGCGACUACCGGCCGUGGAACAGAAGCGUCCUGGUACAUAGGUGUUGCGGCCCCUCCGAGAAGUCGCGAACAUGAGGACGUCUGCUGUGCGCCGUGCUGCAAUCUCUGUGACAUCUCAGGCCUUUGCAUCCACCCGCGCGGCCAGCAUCCACGCUAGAUUUGCACCUGCCCAGACUUCAGGGCCUCUAGGAUCGACCCCGGCGUCCCGUGUAGCGUACAAGCCUUUGGCACUUGCAUACGUCCAGGCGAGAGGCAUGGCGACCACGAACAAGAUCAAGGUCAAGAACCCGGUGGUGGAGCUGGACGGCGAUGAGAUGACCAGGAUCAUCUGGCAGGACAUCAAGGACAAGUUCAUCCAUCCAUACCUCGAUAUCGAUCUUAAAUACUACGACCUGGGCCUGGAAUACCGCGAUGAGACAGAGGAUCAAGUCACGCACGAUGCUGCCGAGGCCAUCCUGAAAUACUCUGUGGGUGUAAAAUGCGCCACCAUUACUCCGGACGAGGCCCGAGUGGAGGAGUUCAAGCUGAAGAAGAUGUGGCUCUCUCCGAACGGAACCAUCCGAAACAUCCUAGGCGGUACCGUCUUCCGUGAACCUAUCGUUAUUCCUCGCAUCCCGCGUCUCGUGCCAGGCUGGAAAAAGGCCAUCAUCAUCGGACGUCAUGCUUUCGGAGAUCAAUACCGCGCGAAAGACCGCGUUAUCGACACCGAGGGCACUUUGGAGAUGGUUUUCACGCCGAAAGGUGGAAAGCCGGAGGUUAUCAAGGUUUACGACUUCCCUGCUAGUGGCGGAGUUGCCCAAACUCAAUACAACACGACCGAGUCUAUCACUGGAUUUGCUCAUGCUAGCUUCAAGCUUGCUUUGGACAAGGAACUGCCACUGUAUAUGAGCACUAAGAACACCAUCUUGAAAGCAUAUGAUGGCAAGUUCAAGGACAUUUUCCAGGACAUCUACGACAACCAGUACAAGAAGGACUUUGAAGCCAAGAAAAUCUGGUAUGAGCAUCGUUUGAUCGAUGAUAUGGUUGCACAGAUGAUCAAGAGCGAAGGUGGAUUCAUCAUCGCCAUGAAGAACUACGACGGUGACGUCCAAUCCGAUAUUGUUGCCCAGGGCUUUGGCUCUCUCGGCCUCAUGACCUCCGUCCUUAUCACUCCGGAUGGCAAGACCUUUGAGGCUGAAGCAGCCCACGGCACCGUAACUCGCCAUUACCGUGAGCACCAGAAAGGCAACGAGACCUCCACCAACCCCAUUGCAUCCAUCUUCGCAUGGACACAGGGUCUAGCCAAACGUGGCGAGCUUGACGACACCCCGGAAGUCGUUGUAUUCGCUGAGAGCCUAGAGCGUGCCUGCAUCGACACCGUUGACAUCGACGGAAUCAUGACCAAGGAUCUAGCACUCGCGUGUGGCAGGAAGGAUAGGGAGUCAUGGGUCACCACGACCAAGUACCUCGAGGCAGUGGAGAGGAGGUUGAAGUCUACUCUGAAGGAGAAGCUAUAAGCAUUUGAAUCUUGGCCCCCAAAUCCAUCUUUGACCCUUAGACUGCGAUAGAACGAGCAUGGCGGCGCCAGGUCCUGGAGUUAACAUCUUUGGGCUAUCGCGCUAGCUGGCAAGUCUUGGUUUCCUCAAAUAUUUACGUCUGUAGAUGAUCUACCAUGAACACUUCUUCUCAAUAGCCUUCUCCUCAACAUCCAUC